GGGGGAUAAUGUCACGUGACUAAGCAGACGUCCAAGAUGGAGCCUUCCGUUAUAAGUGCUCUAACGUGAUCUAGCAUUUUAAUGCUACUUCAGUUUUGGUUCCUUGAUUACGUUUUUUAGAUCAAGAUAACCAAGCAUGAGUGUGUGGAAGCGGCUUCAGCGUGUAGGAAAGUCAGCUUCCAAAUUCCAGUUUACUGCAUCCUACCAAGAACUUACAGUAGAAUGCACAAAAAAAUGGCAGCCCAACAAGGUGUGUGUUGUGUGGACCCGCAGAAACCGGCACAAGUCAACACAGCUUCAUACAUGGAAUCCUACCAUUCAGAACCCAUACUGUGGCCAGGUGGUAUGGGCAGUGCCAGAGAAUGUGGAAAUACAAGUCACAUUGUUUCGAGAUUCCCGCCAUUCUGAGUAUGAAGACAAGGAAUGGACAUUUGUCAUCGAAGAUCACUCUAAAGGCAAGAAGAAAGUUUUAGCUUCUCAAACAAUCAACAUGAAGGAGUAUGCAAGCAUGUUUCCGACACAGACCACUAUUGACUUGAAGAUGAAGCUUGUGAGCAAGAAAGUGGUAUUUGCUUCCUUGCGAUUCACGUUAUCUUGUGUUUUUCUACGUGAAGGAAAAGCAACUGAUGAGGACAUGCAAAGUGUUGCCAGUCUCAUGUCUAUGGGCAAGACUGACAUCGGAAACCUUGGUGAUUUGGAAGAAGAUGAUGAGGAGGAAACCACCAGUAAUGCUGGCAGUGAAAUGAAGCAGCAAGUGACCUCUGAGAUCAGAUCUAUCACUUCUAAGAUGCUUCAAUUGGACGCCCACUUUGGUAAUCCUUUUCCCACCGAUGAUGACCCUGAGGAUGUCGAGUCUGAUGCAUUGAACCCUUUUGACUCAUUUGCUGAUGAAAACCCUGUAUUUGAGAAAGUCAAACUCAAAAAACGACCAGCACCACCACCUCCUAAUCCAUUUGGUGAAGAGGAAGACAUCCAUGAGUCUUCAGCUCAGAUCCCUAGUCAGAAAGCUAAAAAUCCUUUUGAAGAUCCACUUCCUAUGACAACUGGCACUUCUGAAGCUCUUAACCCAUUUGGUGAUUCUAACGAGGAAGAUAAUAAAGCUGGUGGGAAAUCCAUUGAUGACUCAGUCCUUGAUUCGACCUCACUAAAACCACGAACAGAAAAGAACCCUAAGGAAUCCAGAUUUGCUACUCUGCCUGCAAAAAUCUCUGGGAGUGAAGGAAAAUCUCCUAAAAAUAAACUAAACCUCUCCUUGAAAUCCUCGCAGUCAGCUGUAGAAAGGCCAAUAUAUGAGGGCACGCCUCCUGCCACACCUGAAGAUGAGAAGAUGAAGAAGCAGAUCAGGCCAAUAACACCGCCUAAUGUUUUCAGCACAGAUGACUCAUCCUCUUCAGCUAACACAUCUUCUCUGAGUAUUACCAGAGAUUUGUCAGGGUUCAGUUCUAAUGACUCUGAUUCGAACUGCUUACAGGCUGAAAAUGCAUCUACACAGCCCAGUAAUCCAUCAGAGGAAUUGUUGGCUUGGUGUCGAGAGGUCACCAAAGGUUACAGAGGAGUGCGCAUUACCAAUCUCACCACAUCCUGGAGAAAUGGCUUGGCCUUCUGUGCUCUGAUUCACCGUUUCAGACCAGAUCUUUUAAAUUUUGAGAAACUGAACCCUCAUGACAUCAAGACCAACAACAGAAUAGCCUUUGAUGCUGCAGCAAAACUGGGCAUUCCAAAAGUAAUUGAACCAUCAGACAUGGUGCUUCUGGCAGUACCAGACAAACUAUGUGUGAUGACCUACUUGCAUCAGCUGCGUUCAUAUUUCACUGGUCAAGCACUUGAAGUUCUACAGAUUGGUAUACGUUUUAGUGAAAGUACAUACACUCUUGGGGAACGAGAUGAGGAGGACGAACAGCGUGUCUCUGAAGAAAUGUAUGGACAUAAUAAAGGAAAAACAGACCGCCAUCCCAAGUCCCCAGACAAGAAGAGAUCUGUCAGUGACAAAAUGUUAAACUCAGCUGUUGAAGCAAAGCAAAAAGACAAAAUAUCUCCAGAAUCUGAGAAAGGAGAUUCUUCUGUUUCUUCUGGAAGUGUAGAUCGUUCUCCAAGUAUUCAAAAUGAAGUUCAGGUUGCUCCUGCCUUUGCUACAUCCACACCUGUGAAAGAAGAAUCUUCACCAAAAAUGAAAAAGAAAUAUAGGGCUCCUCUUCCUCCAGACUCCGGCCUUAUAUCCAGCAAGGCAGAAAUGGACAAGCCUAAGCUGAUGACACGCCAACAGUUAAUGAAUCCAUUUGAUUCUGAUGAGGAAGGCACUGAAAAUGGAAGAAAAGAAGGGGAAACUGCUGCAGCAGACCAAAGAUCUCCAACUGAAAAAAGAUCUCCAGUCUUAAAUACUCCCACAGACAGCACUCGGCAUAUGGAGUUGAAAGAAAGAGCUCGGUUACUUCUAGAGAAAGCCAAGCUAGAGACCCAGCGCAGUACUACCAAUUCUGGCAGCUCCACGGAGCAAACACCUACAGCAGCCACUGCUGCUGCUAGCCAGCCUAAGGCAGAAUCUCAGGAAGAAGAAAGGCAGCGUAGGCUAAGAGAACGUGCACGGGCUUUGAUAGCAGAAGCAAGAGCCAGCCAAGAUCUUCCAGAAAUGCCAGAAGUUCAUAAAAACAUGGAGCCUUAUAGAUCAUCGGAAUCAGUGUCAUUGAAAACAUACCAUUUGGGGCCCAAGCUAAGGGCAUUGUAUGAUUUGCAGGCUGCAACAGGUCGGGAUGCAGAGGGUGAUGUCAAGCUUAAAAGGCUGUCGCUGGUAAAACCCAAACUAGCUGGUCUUGAGGUUUCGUCUAGUAUGCCUGGGAUUCCUUUUCAGGAGAGACUGGAUAUGGAAAAGGAUGUUGAAAGAACAGAAGUACCAGGUAAUGGAGAUGAUGGACUUGGGAGUGAUGGAGAGGAGGAGGAGAUAGAGGAUCUGGACUUGUAUCUGGGUCUUAGAAUAGAUGAGAGAAAUAGUGAAGGCAAUGGCUAUGUGGAUCUGAGGGACACAAAUCAGUAUGUGAAGAGUGAGCUGGAUGCACUGGAGCAUGAGCAACUGCAGAUAGAUAAUGCUGCUGCUGAACUGGAGCAAAAGUUGCGUCGAGUCAUGAAUAAAGGGAAGAACAAGGCAUUGGAAGAGAAGCUGAUGCAUGAGUGGUUCAUGCUAGUCAACAAGAAGAAUGCACUAAUUCGUCGACAGAUGCAGUUGAACAUUCUGGAGAAGGAAGAUGACUUGGAGCGGCGCUACGAGCUGCUGAACCGUGAACUGCGCGCCAUGAUGUCCAUUGAAGACUGGCAAAAGACAGAGGCCCAGAAACGCCGUGAAAGACUGCUGCUGGAGGAACUAGUGGCCGUGGUCAACAAGAGAGACGAGCUGGUCCAGCACCUCGACAGCCAGGAGCGAGCCAUUGAAGAAGACGAGCUGUUGGACCAUCAGAUCUCCUCGGGUCUGAUUCCUCUCAAAGACGAGAAGAGCUGCAGUCUGCAGUAAAAUCCAUUUCCGCUGCCGCUGCAGAUGCAAUAAGGUCAAAGGUAAAUGGAUAACUUUGUCAUGGAAGGAAACAAUGUCCAGUGUCUUUUUUUUUUUCUCUCUCUCUACCCGACAGCGUGGAAUCUCGCCUGAAGAACUCUGCUAAAGGAAGUCAUAUUUAUCCCUUGCUGUCCGUGCUGUCUGCAAGCUUGUCUGCUUGUCGUCUCCCAUAGCUAAUGCGUCUUACUACGAACAGCACAGACACUGGAGCGAUGAGUGCAGCUCAUCGUGAACCUAAAGACCGCAGCCUGGUCAAGAUAUACUUAAUGCUUCCAUAGAACCAUUCGCAUUUACGUUAAGAAAGCAUAUUUAUGUAGCUUGCUGAUUACGAACGUUGUUUGUCCUCGACACACGAAGGUAUUUACUGGGAUGUGAGAGCGCGUCCUGUUGCCGGACAGGGUAGUGUAUUUAUGUAGCUUGCUGAUUACAUGUGGUAUUUGUACUCGACACUCACUGGAAGGUGAGAAUGCGUCUUGUUGCCGUACAGGGGACUGCAUUUAUGGAUAUAAGCAGAGUCAUCUAUUCGUGCCUUGUAGCAGCACAGCUUACUGUCUGUGGCACAUUUCCUGUGCUAGCAUCGCCGCUUGUAAGGGGACGCAGCAGGAAUGUGUCGAGGAGUGUACCUCAAAGCAGUAAUCAGACAGCAUGAAGGGGACAAGCCGGUAGGAAUCAACGUUUUUCCCUUUCAUGAGGUUUUUACAUAUCGGGAGUGGAGACGAUCCGAUGGUCGCUCUUUUGUCCAAUGAAAUUUGGUUUAAAGUUGGAAAGCAAGAAAUAUUCAUUCACUGUAAAAAGGCCUCUUACGUUGUCUCUACGAGGAAAAUAGUUUUUAGAAUUAGCGUAAUUUUUUUUUCUUAGAGAGUAAACAUGGUUUUAUAAUCUUAUUGUACAGACCUACCGUCAAUUUAGCUUGAUGAAAUGAAAACCCAUUCCAGAGUGUCCGUUCUGUUGUCGAGCAGUGUCAUAUUUAUGUGAGAUCAGGUGUUUAUGAAUUGUCUUCUCUUGGCGUGGCUACUUUCAUUAUUUCUUUUGUUUGUAUUUUUUUAAAAACUUGAAACAUAUGUGCAGAUAAUGAGAUUAUUUAUCUCCAUUUUGCAAAAUGUUUAUGUUGGUAUAUGAUGUGUUAUGAUAUAUCCGCCCGGAUGUCCCGAUAGUCAUGUUAACCCCAGUCCUCCGAUCGAUGUUUUGGGACGCCGUUUUAGAUGAGAUCUUUCGAGAGACUCUUCAAGUUGAGAAUAUAUUACUUAUAUCUUUUUCACACGUUUAUGAUUUGUUAGUUGCCAGUAAAAUUAUGAUGAAUUCUUUUACGGUGUAUUGGUACUAUAACUGUCGGAACAAGCCAGAACCAACUUUCUGAACCGCCUGUCAUUCAAAUAUAUCAUCAUGCUGUUCUCUAGUGUGCCGCGGGUCUUAGCUUUUAAUUCAAUAUUGCAGCCAGAUAUUAUGUUUAGGAUGGAUAUUUACGCUGACCACAAAGCAUUUCAGUUGAAAUAGUUGUUGACGUGGCCACCACGAGCACGUUCAGCGCCAUUGCUACACCCGGGCAGGAGGCGUCUGGCUGCAGCUGCGGCCUACCCUGACACAAGAUAGAAAGGGUUAAAAAUGUAGACAAUGUUUAAGUGGAAAAUCACUCUCUAAAUAAGUUUUACAGUAUGUAAAAGUAUUUGCUAUGCUUUUGCAUGCGAUAGCCCAUUCUAUUAAGCAGCAAUUUUAUUUUUUAAAAACCGUAGUCUUUUUUCCACGGCGGCCUGCUGUUACACGAAUCCCUUUCGCAGAAUUUAAAGUAACCUUAAUCACGAACAGUGUACAGUUUCUCGCAAUGAGAUUAUGUCUAAACUUUAUGCUAAGAGACCCAUGUUCGUGGGCAAUUCCAAUUAACAUAAAGUUAUGUUGAGGAGACUUUUAGAGCGAAGAGUUCAAGGUAGAAUCUUUCAGCUUCUUCUUUGCGUUCGUUUGUACGGGUGGGGGAGGAGGAAGGGGCACAGAAAGGUAGUCGAGGUCUGUUACACAUGUCUUUUUCUUCAGUCGAACUCUGAAUAUGUUUUGGUGCUGGAAUUGAAAUUCUUUUCCUGUCAUGAAAGGCCUCCGGACCAUAGUACUUGUAUUGUCAUUUCUUUGUCUCUUGAUGAUCCACCGACAUGGAAGUAAAUGCUUGAUACAGUGUGUUGCCUUGUUGUCUCGAUGAUCUUCAGGCUAGCAGGCUGGAAAUUGGAUGGGUCUGCUUACCCACAAAGCUGUUGACCACCCUGAUCUACACCCGUUUCCAUUUCCUCCUUACCACAAGUCAAAAUUCCUUCCUCAGUGCUGCUUUGCUGGGUGAGGUGUUGUUACUCUGCAUUUUUUUCACUUUUAUGUACAUAUGUCUGUGCAGUUAUAUUUAUAUAUUCCAUAGGAUACAUUUCAGACCAAGCAGGUAAAUAUUAUGUAAUAUGUUCCCCUGUAAUAUAUCUGGUUUUGUCUCAGCACAAAAAAAGAAAAGGUAUUGUUCUGCAUUGGUACACGAGCACACGUGUGUGCGUGUGUGUGUAUGCGCGCGUGUCGUUAGAAAAGGUCGGAUUUUUAAUUUUUAAUGUUUAUACUAAGUAUGCGGAAUCUGUAUCCCUUACUCAUCGAUGUAGAAUGAACAAGAUAUCUCCUAUUACAUUUUUUGUGUAUAUCGGCAACAGAUACUCUUCAGCAAUGAUUGACGCAGGAAAGAAAAGUGUCUGAUAGUAUUGACACAUAGUGAUCCAGAGUUUAAUACACUGACAUGUAUGUUACUUAGAUACUUAAAUCUUGUCUGUUCGCUUAUUCGGAAAUAUCUCAAUACUUUAAAAGACGUUUUGGUAUGUAAGUCAAUGCGCUGUUUCGAUAACAGUAUAGUGUUAGUGGAACUUUUUUUUAUUAUUUUGAGCUCUUGGCUUUAGGCCUUUUCAUAUAUUUCCUUUUUUUUAACCUGAUAAACUCCACAAUUUUUAAAACGGCGACAAUAUGUAAUUAACUUUCGCUUUGAAUUGUCACUGGUAGCUGCUUUAUAAAGCAAUGCUUCAAGCCAACAUCACAAGCCAGCGGAACACUAAACUGACUAAAGCUUGCAUGGCUGAGAGAGAAGUGCAUCUUGGGUGGAGGAAGGGAGUAGGCAGUGGGUGUCCCUCUGUUGGUGUGUCGUACUCGCUCAUUCGGUCAGCGCUAUGGUCUGUGGUGUCAGGUCAGCGGUCCUUAACGGAUUCUGCCCGCUAGUACCGGCUUCAGAAGUUGAUAGUAUCACCGAAAUAAUUGUACGUGGAAUGUUUCCCUGCAGCGUCAAUCGCAUACGGAGCAUGUUACCAUGGGUUGACAUCGCCGGCACAAAAGUAGCCGCUUUUAAUGGUGACAACAUUGUGUAACUGUGCUUUUGAUGAAAAUAUUGUCGGUGCAAUUUGCUUCAGCCGCGCGUGUCGUGGAUGUACGUGUGGGUGCGGUUUACCUGUCCUGACUUUGUGCUGCUGUGUGGUGGCGUCCUUCAGUUGCACCCUAACCUGCUAGUGCUAUAGGCCGAAGCAAACCACAUUGAAACAAUUUGUACUACCUUCUUAUUUCUAAUCAGCGCACAAGGUCAUAUUUUAAUUGGUAUUUAAUGUUCACAGCCUGAGUAACUAGCGGGUGUACUGUUUCAUUUAGUCCUCGGUUACUCGGCUCUUUCGAGCGUGCAAAUAGUCAUUCUUUACUUAUUUGGUUUAUUUUUAGAUGAUUCGCGUGUUUGUAAUAAAUGUAGUUAGUCUCUGAAGGCGCUACAUAAGGCCGUCUGAGUCCGAUCACUUUGUAUUGGUGUCAAACACAAGCACAGUGUCAUACAACGUCCACCCAGCUGUCCUUCGCACUCAUCCAUGUGCCUACAUCCACAUACUAUACACCGAUUUAUUCAGAAAUAAAUUAGAUAGUUUUAUUCUUAUGUUACUGAGCUUUAGAAAACAGGUUGACAUUUAUUUAUAGAUUUGUAAGUCUUUUUUUUUCUUGAAAGUAGCGCUGUAAAUCAUGUAGAUGUUCUUUGCCGUGUCAAGCGUCAGCCUCAGCGAGGGGCGGACCUUUGACCAGGACUUGUAUGUUGAUGACACAAACCGUAUGCUGCGCUGCCUCUACUGUCUGUGCAUGUGGCAUCUGUUUACAAGGCCAGGUGCUUUUGCCGUGAAAAAUGUCGUGAUAAAGCCGUAGUUGCAGGCUCGGGGUAAGGCACUAGAUCCCCGCCUGCCACUGCCUGUAGCACGUCGAGUUACUUGAUGAGCUGAACUCACUGAAGAUGCGAGGCAGGUACAGUAUUUCUCUAGUUCACAUCCAGGUUGUCAUUGCAGAGUCAGUAAAUGUCGGUUUUGCAGCGUCUGAUGGGCAUUAAUUUUACUGUUACUGGUGAUAGCACGGAUGCACGGAUGGAAUCUCAAUAAUGGCAUUGAAGAAGGAAAAUGCAUUUGAAUCACUAUAUAUGAAGAAUAUAGAAGCUUAUGGUUGUAACGACAAGCAACUUUUUUUCUAGUUUUAUAAAACUCUCUUUGUCAAAGCCAGUAGGUGUUGUAUUAUUUUUGCCAGUUUCUCUCCUUUAUGCACUGUUUUUUAUUUUUCAUCGUGCACUGGAAACUAAAGUAUUAUAAAGUCUACUAAACAUCUUAAAAUGGUGUCACUGAAGUUUAUGUUAAGCCGUUUGCAAGGACAGUGGAAGAUCUUAUUGAAUUUCCUGUGCAAAAAACCGAUGACCAAAGUUUUUUUCUGCCUACCGGAGAGCUGCAGACUGACUAGCCACGGCAGCGUUGAGCUUCAAGACUUUGCUGAGAGCAAGAAGUAGAAAUGGGAGCAAGUCAAACAGCUGCAUGAAAACAGAAGGGGUUGUGGGAAGGGGAUUUGGUGGUAGAAUUGUGUGUGUGUGGGGGGGUGUUGGGUAUUGAAGACCCUUAAAGUUCACGGCUGUAUCGAGGCAGUCAUGUCUCUGGAAGGAUUUUUGUAUUUCAAGUGCGUCCUCAUUUCUUAAGCUUAAGCUGCAAACACGGAAGUGCAAAGUAGUAUUCGUGAUCUUGGGGUUUGUGGCUUAGCCAUGGAGUGGUUCUUCCCCUUCCCCCAUAGAGAGCUCCAAGCCUUUCUCUCUUGUUCUGUUCAUCCCUACGACUCCCCGUCUGUCUGUCUGGUUGCCUGCCUCAUCGACACUUUUACAUUUCUUCACUUUACCUUAGCUUCCUUCAUACGCUUCCUCCACUCUUCUACGUGUUCUUGUAGCGCUGGCUAAUGCUCAUUGAUUUUAAAUUAUUCCUUAGCAAAUCCCUUUCCAUUUGAAUGUUUUGCCCGUGUCUUAUCAGUUACAAUUCCUCGUGUUUACAUUGCCCUUUAGUUCGUCUUUAUUUCCUGUUCAUUUGCAAUGCGACUUUUUUUAUGGGCAUCUUAAGAUGUUGUUUCUGAACUCCUCGUCUGUUCUGGCAAGAAGCACAGAUUCUGCUGUUACCUCACUCACAAGGACAGAGAUGACAGUCAUCACCUCCACAUCCUACCAACCACCACCACUUGAUUGAUGACAACAUGGCGGCUAGAUGCGAGAUGGGAAUCGCUUGCUUUUCAGCGUGCUUCUGCAGAGGUCAUUCUCAAGGCCAGUGCAACAAAGGGUCUUUGGGCGGCACUCACUUGACUGUGACCAUGGAACUAGCGGCUUUUGAUCCGCUUUGGCUGCUGAGGCCACUUUUCCGUCCGCACUUCCAUACUUAACAAUAAGCUUCCCCGAAGUAGGAAGAGUGCUGGGCAGUCGGGCCCGCGUGGUUCUAAGCCUGGCGCAGACUUUCCUGUCAGUGCAUUUCGUGCACAUUUGCUUGACCCCUUGCGAUGUCGGCCAUACUGCUGUUCCUUGGAACACAACUUUUCUGAAAAAGGGAAAGUGUAGUUAGGGGUGGGGCGAUUUAGGUACCCAGGAGUGGAGAGCUGGCGGCUAAAAGACUUUCUUUUUGCUAACGACUAUCGACUUCUUGUAUAUCUGACCACUAACGUUCUGUAUCUCGAUUACCUCUCUUGUCCCAACAGUACUGUUUCUAGUUCAUAGAUUCUGUGGACUGCGUUUAUGUCAGCACACAAGUCAUAAACAAGUCAUGCCCCGCACACAAAUGUCUUUAAAAGGAGAAGGCACGUUUGUUUUUGUUUUGCUGUUUUUUUUUUUUUUGGG